AACCUGUUUGCCGUCUGUUCUCCGCUGCUCAGCUAAAAUGAAGUCUAACAGACAGCCAUCAUCACAUCCUGCAAAGUCAACCAUCGCUCUGUUCGGAAAGAAGGUUCCACUAAAGAACAGCAUAGGAAAGAUGAUCCUCACCAACAGGCCUAAUGCUUUUGCCACAACAUCAAACAGCUUUGUCAUGGAAACAAAUGACUCAUUCAAAAUCAUCAGUGUCCCUGACUUCUUUGAUGAAGAAUGUCAGCACCCGGACCAGCUGAUCAUUGACUUCAUGGCACUUUCUCAUCCUGGCCCUGAUCUGUUCAUCCUGGCAAUAGACUCAGAAAACACCAAAGAGGAUAAAGUCGUGGCUCAGAUCAAAAACCUUAAAGCUACCUUUGGAGAUAAUAUCACAGCAAACUUGGUCAUUAUGUUACCAGAUGCCAAAAGCUUAAGUUCACUUCGUCAGCUGGAGCAAAAGUUCAACACCCAGCUGGCAGUCGCCAGUGAAAAUCUGGCCAGUGAAUGUAAGAAGUGGUGUUCGGAUCAUAAGUCAUUCCAGUAUAACUACGAAAACUACAGUGAAGAUGUUGUGUUGAGAAGAAUGACAGCGUUAGAGAACAUAAGUUUUGAUGGCCAUCCUGUGUAUCACCAUGGGACAGCAGGUGACAGUGCCUGUGAAGACUCGGACAACAUAUUCAACAUCGUUCUGUUGGGACUGACCGGGACCGGAAAGAGUGCAUCUGCAAACACCAUCCUGACUGCUGACCAAUCCAGGGGGGAUCCAAUACAGCUAUUCAAAUCUGUGCCAAGCCCCAUGAUGGUUACGACCCAGUGUGAGGUCAGAAUAGUGGAGAAACCAUUCGAGAGGAAGGUGAGACUGGUCGACACUCCAGACUUCUUUCACGACCAGAUCAGAAACCCCCAGGCACAGGUAGACGAGUGUAAGAAGUACUGUAAGCCAGGGCAAUGCGUGGUGUUACUCGUGUUACAGCUGGGUCGCUUCACGCAUCUUGAGAGAGGAAUAUUAGAAAAGCUGGAAAAGAAGCUCGGCUGGGAGAUCAGGGAGAGUACUAUCGUCCUGUUGACUCACGGAGACGACCUGAAAGGAAGUCUGGAGAAAUUCAUUAACGCACAUGAUCGCCUCAAGAGUGUUGUUGAACUGUGCGGUGAUCGUUGUCAUCUAUUUAACAACAACUCCAAGAACACAAAGCAGGUCACAGAGCUCAUCAAGAAGAUUCCAGAUUACAAAGAUCUUUUCCCGAAGUUUGCAAAAAAACAAAGCAGAAGCUGCUGUAUAUUAUAGCUCGAUCAGUGUGAACCACAAAGUGCUUCAAAAGAGUCUCCUCAGAUUAGCGUAGCAUUGUAGUAUCGUCUGACUGAUGAUCAGCGGUUUGAAAAAAUCAAUGCAGAACCAGAGACACUGGCUUUUUUAUUUCACCUUUUUAUUCUUAUUGUCAAACCUGAUGCCUACAUAACCCACAAUGCAUCCUGGCUGCCAAUAGUGUGACAGGGUCAUUUGUAUAAAUACGACUGACCUGUGAGCAGACACAAAUGUGAAAAAUGUGAAAACUAUUUUAACAUAAUCAUUACACUAUUUUUUUUUAUUCAGAGUACUGUCAUUUUGUUACUUUAGUAUUUUUAUUAUUAAGUAUUUUUUUGCAUUACAUAUACCAAUCACUGGGGUAAGACUAUAGCUGCAUUUCAACCAAAAACAUUUUAGUAAUGUACAUAACCCAUAUGGACUUUUACCUAGACCCUAAAUUGGUUUAGCAUUUCCUCUGCAGACAGUACUCUUACAUAUGGGCGAGGUUGUUAUUUCUUCUUCACUGGUGACACAAAGGAAUGUCUGCACUAGUGCUGCCCCCCCACUAAGACUUUUCCCAGUGGACCAACAGUCCUCAUCAGGGUCCAUCAGUGGACUAGUCUCCUGCAUGUUUCUGAUAUUAAUGUAAUGAUUAAAUGAUAUAUUUUGGUGGUUUGAGUUGAAGGUGUGAGAAAGAAUAGUAUCAGUAACAUUGUUAACACUGUGCUACAUUACAGAGAAAUACAAACCGUACUAAUGAACCUUCAUUAAUAUAGGCCUAUAUUUUAUCUCCAAGUGCACGUCACACACUGAGCGAGCCGCCUGUUAAUGACGCUGUGGGCUAAUGGGCAUGUAGCUACUUCCAUGUUUCAGAUGAUACGUCAUGUUUGUAGUCGACCAAUGAAGAUGAGUUUACAUAUCACCUUGGGUUCGUCCUUCACCUUCUCAAAAUGAUCCCACACUUUGGAUUUCCUGCCCGACAUGUUAUUAACUAGCCUGUGGAAUAACUGCAGGUACCAGCCCUGGAGAUUAACCUGACGUGGACACUUCCUGUGGCUGUCCUUUCAAAUUAAAGUCACACAUGGUCCAGUCAUAUAGGUUUGGAUUUAUCUGAAAAGGUGCAGCUCUUGAUAGAGUUUCAAAUUUGUUUUUGUGUCUGUGACGAAGCGACCAAUAAAAUCUUGCUGACUGAUGACCUUUCUGGUCGAUUACCAUUUGGUCGACUAUUAGGGGGCAGCCCUAGUCUGCACCUUCUUUACUGUCCAUAUAACAGGGUUGCACGCCGACAUUUUCAGAACAAAAAAGAGCAGGCUGCAGUGAGAGUCUCUCUUGAUUGGAUAUUUAAAAAUCGUGGGCCCUCAUCAGCCAAAACAUGAUCUUUUUUGAACCAUAACCACGUUGUUUUUGUGCCUAAACAUGACCACACUAAACUUAACCACAGGGAGGUUUAAAGAAAUGUAAAGUUUUAACAUAUCUGUGUUUUGUAAUGCCCAUAUUUAUUCUGGUGAUUGGGCUGUUAGAUGUCGUGUGACAUGUACAAAAUUUAUUUUUGGUAUUUGUGUUUUCCUGUUGUAUAAAUCAAGAUCGUUCAAAGGGCUUCAUACAGUAAUAAAAUGCACAAUUAAAUAUA